AUGGCUUUCAUAGGAAAUGAUGAUUAUGAUAAAAUUCUAGCGAACGCAAGGAAAUGCAUCGGUACAGCUAGGAGAUUGGGUGAACAUUACGGUAAAUUGUCGAAGGAGCAUGGUGAUUUCAGGAAGGUGGUGUGUAACAGUGGAUUAUCGACAUUGAUCGAUUUCACUGAGGUGGAAGAAAAGGAGUAUGGGUGUGUCAAGUAUAUGGAAGUAUUGGAUAAAACGUUUCUGUCGGAGCCUUUGACUGCAAUGGCUGAAGGUGGUAGAUGCAGUAAUUCCGAUAACAAGGUUGUCGAAGCUCUUGUAAAGCACAUUGAGUCUGAUACGUCUCGUGCGAAAAUCGGUGCUGUUAUUUGUCUUAACGAAGCCAUUUGCGUUUGUCGCCGCAGAGGAGGUCGGUUAGUAUUUUCGGGCGAGUUUAUGGAGAUAAAGAUUGAUUCCGACAAGAUUACAAAAAUGAUGAAUAAAAUGUAG